AUGGAUUGGAACAGUUGGGAAGAGUCGAGAAGAACUGGGUUUGAUAUUGCUGAAGCCGCCGUAAAAUUCAGUUCUGAUAACAGGCAAGCAUUCAUCGUUUCUAAUAAAGAUGUAUUAGUUGUCGAGGUAAAAAGUGGUCGUCGUAUGCAACUUCUGACUCAUCCUGCAAAGAUUAUCAGCCUUUAUUAUGCAUUUCCGGGCAAAGCAGUAACUUAUACCAUUGAUGGUACAGAAUAUAUCUGGAGCACUGAUACGUGGACUAUUCUGCGUUGUCGCGAACUGAAUUGUACACCUCUUAAUGUUUGGCAUUCAUGUGAAACAACUUUGGUGGUAACUAAAAGUGAGAGCAAGGAAUUGAUUAUUACAAAGAUUAACGGAAAUGAAGUUCUGCAAAAUCAAGAAAUUCUACGAACUGGGCGCCAUAAUAUUGGAUCUUCUCAGUUUGCUGUUACUGAUGAUUACUUUGUGUGUUGCGAGAAACUCUUUGUAUAUCUUUACACCUUUGGUGAAACUGGAGCUAAACGAUUCAAAUAUAUUGGAAAAGCGGAUUUUAUGGAUUCGUCAUUACUGGAAUUUAUAAGUAUUACAGCACUUGGGGACACAGUGGCAGCCUCAAUAUCAUUUGGCCGUGUUUUUAUAUGGAAUAACGUGAGUCGAAAAGGCAUCCAUACGUUCAGUCAAUCAUUACAUUGGCAUAAAUGGGCUCCAUGCUUAGCUUUAACUGAAUCUAAUACUUUAUUUUCUGCUGGUGAUGAAGGUGUUUUGGCGAAAUUUGCACUCUCAGAAUUAAAGUCGAUAUCUAAGCCGCAGUUGUUACCAAGAUUGCAAGCACCAGUUCGAAGACUUAAUCUUUCUGAAGAUGAUUCUAUUAUAGCCGUUGUACUGGCUGACAACUCCGCACAUUUCAUUCUCAAUUCAACACUUAAUGUUCUUUCCUCAAUGGAAUCAAUUCUCUGUUCUCCGAAAAAAUCGCUGUUUUCCCUCACUGAGGAUCCCCUUUAUGCAAAUUAUGUUGUACACAGUGCACGUCCUGGUUUUAUGCAGUGGAUUGUACCAUCUACAAUGAUCUCUAUCGCGACGGCUGAUGUAUCUAGAGAGAAUCCGGUAGAAGGAGAAAAUAUAUUUUCUGAUACAACAGGUUACAUGGACAUUUGUGAAGUUGCAUUAUCACGUACAAUGGUAAUAACUGCUGAUUGUAAUGUCGGUUUUGAUAUACCAAAUAAUCGAUUGCAAUUUUGGCGUCGAAAUAAAGAUUUGGGUUCAUUUGCUUUAGAAUAUUGCGAAUUAUAUGUUGAUGGAGUUGUCAAAUUUAUUCGAGCCUGUCUUGAUCGCGACAUGUUCAUUACUGUUGACAAUAAGGGAGUUUUGUGUACAUGGGAAAGAGUGAAAAGUGAUGAGAAAAAGUGGUAUAAGUCCAGCGAAAUUCACUGGAUGGAUGUUCCUAUUUUGUAUAUAUCAAGGAUACAAAAAUCCCAUUUUGCUGCGAUUCAUGAUAUUAGUCAGAAGGCCGGUGGAGUUGUUGCACUGUGGAGCGUGGAACAAGGAAAAUCUGCACGGGUAGUUUACGUCCAUCAGAGCAACGAUAAACUUACGGCAGUGGAAUGGGGUCCUCCUAGUAAUGCAAACUUACUUAUCAUAUCAUCCAAGAGUUGUAUUUAUGCUUUCAAUGUAUACACGCUUGCACCAUUAUGGAUCGUUUGUGAACCGGACUUGAGACUCGCUGUAACAUCACAAUUUACGGUUGUAUAUAAAAAAAAUGUUGUUUUUGUGAUCGAUAGCUCUUCCGGUACCUUAUUGUGCGAGAGGAAGUUAAAUUCAAUUCCAGAAAGUGUUAUUGCUAUUGGAGAGGGCCGAAUGUUUACAGUGAUUGCCGCUUAUGAAAAAGGCUAUGGAGUGAUUGCAAGGUCGGAAUUACUAGAAGAAGCACGAAAGCAAUUAUAUACAAGGAAUACAGAGUUGAAGAAGACUCCAUUUUCAAAUUUAUUAACUGUUGGCAAGAAAGAAGUUGAAAGUAACAAAGUUCGUAUAGAAACUUUAUCCAAUUUGGAAAUCUUCUCUGGACCAUCAUAUUCACUUGCACCUAUGCCAUAUUUGGCUCAAAAAUUUAUCCGUUCAUGUUUUUUGUUACCUCAACAAUUAUGA